AUGGAACUCUGUGCGCUCUGCUAUGUUCAGACACUGUUAGCAGCUGCUAAUGAUCACUUUGUGGGUACUUCCUGGAACCUCUGCUCAGCUACAUUGCAUGAAGACAAGGGGUCUGCUUAUCUGAUUCAUCAUUUCUCUAAAGAUUUUAUCUUGGGUGCUUGCUUGUUUGGUUCUUGGAGUUUAAUGUUUGACGGUGGUGAAGGUAGUAAAAUGUAUGGACUGAGAGUGACUACUAGACACAAGCGUUCAAAGAGCUUGCCAGAUAAGAAAAGAGUGCAGGAAGAUGGCUUAGAUAGUUCCUUUGAAGCAUCCUGCAGUAUAAAGCUGAAUAUGGGGCACUUGAAAGACUCUGCCAAAGCCAAGAAGAAAGAAUCCCCUAAGUCUGAAGUACAAAAUUCUUUGAAGCAAGAGAUUCUAGAGCUUGAGAAAAGAUUACAAGAUCAAUUUCAGGUCCGUCGUGCUCUGGAAAAUGCUUCGGGUUAUAGGACUUCUUCGCACGAUAGUACGUCUGAGCUGUCAAUGCCUAAGCCAGCCACAGAAUUAAUUAAAGAGAUUGCGGUAUUAGAGUUGGAAGUUGUAUAUUUGGAACAAUAUCUUCUCUCCUUGUACCGGAAGGCAUUUGAUCAACAAACAUCCCCGGUUUCUCCAUCUAACCACGUUCCAAGUUUAAAAAUCCCAGUCACAACCCCAAGAAGAAGGUUGUUUGAUGCUUCCAGGCCUGAUACAUCAAAGAAGGAAACUUCAGCUACUCAAACUUCUUAUCAGUCACAUGACAAUACAUGGAAGCAAACCAAUGGUAUUGGAGGAGAAGAUAAGCUAUUAGAUUCUGGAGUUCAUCGAUGUCACUCUUCACUGUCACAGCGCUCAGCAUUUUCAAAUAGAACUUCCCCUCCAGCAGAAUCUUUUGGUAGAGCUGUACGUGCAUGCCAUUCCCAGCCACUGUCCAUGAUGGAGUACGCCCAGAGUGGAUCAAACAUUAUCAGUUUGGCUGAGCAUCUUGGUACGCGCAUUUCUGAUCAUGUUCCAGAGACACCCAACAAGCUUUCAGAGGAUAUGAUAAAGUGCAUGUCAGCUAUAUAUUGCAAACUUUCAGAUCCACCUUUGACACAUAACAGCCUUUCAUCUCCUAAUUCAUCUUUAUCAUCAAUGAGUGCAUUUUCGCCACGAAGAGAACAAUGUGAUAUGUGGAGUCCAGGAUUUAGGAAUAAUUCAUCCUUUGACGUGCGAUUGGAUAACCCUUUCCUUGUUGAAGGUCUGAAAGAGUUCAGUGGACCGUACUGUACAAUGGUUGAAGUGCCAUGGAUUUAUAGAGACAGUCAAAAGUUGGGAGAUGUUGAAAACUUGCUACAAAAUUUCAGAUCACUUAUCUGUCGAUUGGAAAAAGUCGAUCCUCGGAAGCUCAAACAUGAGGAAAGGCUAGCUUUCUGGAUCAACAUACACAAUGCACUAGUGAUGCAUGCAUUUCUGGCAUAUGGGAUUCCACAAAACAAUGUUAAGAGGCUCUUUCAACUUUUGAGGGCUGCAUAUAAUGUUGGGGGUCAUACAUUUAGUGCGGACAUGAUACAGAGUUCUAUCCUUGGAUGCCGGAUGUCUCGUCCUGGACAGUGGAUUCGAUUGUUACUCUCAUCAAAGUCCAAAUUCAAGACGGUAGAAGAACGGCAAGCAUAUGCAAUUAACCGUUCAGAACCCCUUUUGCACUUCACACUCUGUUCUGGAAGCCAUUCUGAUCCUGCGCUUCGAGUCUAUACUCCAAAGGGAAUAAAUCAUGAGCUUGAAGCUGCAAAGGAAGAGUAUAUCCGAGCUACCUUUGGUAUACGCAAGGACCAGAAAAUCCUACUUCCGAAGAUUGUGGAAUCUUAUGCUAAGGAUUCGGGUUUAUGCCCUGCAGGUGUUCUUGAAAUGAUCCAACAAACUUUGCCUGAAUCUGUAAGGAAGUGUCUUAAGAAAUGUCAGCUAGGAAAACCUCGUAAGACCAUUGAAUGGAUUCCACAUAAUUUUAGUUUUCGGUACCUGAUAUCUAAAGAGCUGGUAAAGUGA